AAUAUGAAUCCGGGUGUCAGAGAAGACACAUGGCAAUAGGAACAACACGCUGCUAGCAUCAUUCGAACCUACACGUGAUCUUUUGGGUUUAUAUCUCAUAGCCAAGUGGACUGUGAUAUAUCAGUAAAGUGCAGCUUACGUUUACUGAAGUGAGAAUAGAUCGUGUAUUCACUGAACUCUUUCUGAAGCAAAACGUCGGUGUACAUUACUUUUAAAUAAGACACGUAUAGGCCUACCGGUCUAGUGAUACUUCUACGGAGAAAAACAGACUGAAAUUCACCAGUCUCUACUCAACUGUGAAUUUGUCUGCCCGGCGUACACAACUUCAUUUCUGCGCAAACGCAAACUGCAAAUCAACAUGACGAUGCAACAACUACAAUUAACCCGGAUGCUGGCGUGCUCUCUGUUCGUCAGCAUGAUCAUCGCAAGUUUAUUAACAGGUCCUUCGUCGGGGCUGGUUCUCGGACAUUCACUUAAUAAACGCUCCUUCUUCGAAAUUCAAUGCAAAGGUGUCUACGACAAGAGUAUCUUCGCAAGGCUGGAUCGAAUCUGUGAAGACUGUUACAACCUUUUCCGGGAACCUCAACUUCAUUCCCUUUGCAGAUCUAAAUGCUUCAGCAGUGAUUACUUCAAGGGAUGUCUUGAGGCCUUACUCCUAAAAGAGGAAGAACAAAAAUUCAACCAAAUGGUUGAGUAUGUUGGAAAGAAGUAAGACAGAAGAAAAUCCAGCCUAUGAAAGUUGUGAAUAUCAACCACAAAAUGACAAUGAAUGAGAAGGUCCUGCAUCUGGGAACUUACACCAUUUUAUUCUAGUCUUGCAGUUGGGUGGGGGGGAAGGAGAAGAAGAAGAAGAAAGAAGAAGAAAAAGAAGGCAAAGAAGAAUUUCUAUAUGUAUGAUAUUACCACUAGAUCUAAUUGAGUUUUGCUACAAAAAUACUGAGAGAUCUGGUUCAUGAACAUUUUCAUCAAAACAUGAACAGUGCUUGUUUUUAUUAUUUAAAGCAUUAAUUUAUUAGUUUCAUGAGACAUCAGUGUGCAUGGAACAAGUAUGCAUUUUUGCAUUUAAAAUAAAUGACUUAAUACAAAUACAAAUAUCAUGUAACUUAAAAUAUAAUUAAAUUAUUUCUUCACUUAUAGAUAAGAUCUUCAGUGCAAGUAUUUUUAAUUUUAAUUUAGAUUCCCUUAAUUUCGGAGUCCUACUUCCAAAUAUACAUUAUAAUUGUACAAGAAGGAGAAAUGAUGUGUAUUAAAAUUUAUCAUAAAAUGAAGAAAAGCAUUAUGUAUGUUUACGUGAUAUAUAUUCUUUUCCAUAUAAUUUACACUUUAAACAUUGCCUUUACAAUUAUAAAGUAACAAAACCUAAAAAUUGGAUUCCGAUUGCACAGUAGUGGGUGAUAUGAAUGUCAAGCUAUCAUUCCAAUGUCAGUAUUCUAAAAUACCUGAAUGAAGACAUAGAACCCUUCUGUGAUUGUACAAUAUACAUUAAAAAACUGCACAAUUCACUCUUCAGUAACUUCACAUGAUGUGUUAACUGUGCAGUAACAUGGAAGACAGCCCAGUUUUAUUCUUUUAUAAAGUUCUUUCCCAUUCUAUUGUAUUACAUUUUAACUAAUGCUGUGCCUGACAAUAAUUAUAACUGUUGGUUUAGUUGAACUGUGUGUAUGAUUGUCUAUACUUAUUUUCUAUAUUGUUAUUAAUUACUUGUUUUUUCUCCAUGUACAGUAUAUAAUAGAUUAUGUUUAAUUUAUUUGAAUUUCUUUCUAUGAGUCUCUAAGAAAGUACGGGUUGUGUGAAUAUAAUUACUGUACAAUGUAUUUUAAACAAAGUAAUUUGGUCAUAUGAUUUGAUUAUUGUCAACUUCGUGACUGUUUUCUUAUGUUAUAAUAUUUAACCACUCUGACUAUCUAUGUUCUUGGAAGACGCACAUGUUAGAAGCAGAUUUACCAGUAGAACUUAAGUCAUCACAACUAAACAAACAUGAGAUCAGUGAAAGCAUCUUCAUCUAUCCAUGCAUGAUAGUUUAAACAAUUUAUUUAUACACUGAAAUAUACUUUCUACAGAAUGGAGUAUUUUCAUGUUUUUUAUUUGUUGCUCUUUUUAUUUUAAUGUUAACAUUGUAUAUUAAUGUAAAAAUAUCCGAGAAGGGUUGAUAAUUCAAAGGAAGUUCUUGGUAUUGAAGAAGGUGACAUUUUACUACACAAAAGGAUAAGCAGAAGCAAAAUGUACACCAACAAAAAUCUCUCAUAAAUAAUAUAUUUUAAACCAUGCUUCUUUUAUCUUUUUUGUCUUUAGUUUAAUUAUGGGAAUCUCAUGGUAUGUGCUCACCUUCUUCUUCUCCAGCUAUUUCCACACUAUAAAAUUGAUUCACUGCAAAACAAUGUUAAUACACAUUUUAUUUUGUAUACAUGUGGCAGCUCUACUAUUUAAGAAUUAAAAUAUAUUUUCAAACAA